UUGUGUUAUUUGUCGAUAUGCGUUCCAAGCAGCGGAAGCUCGAAGAGGAGAGCUUGUAACUGAGCCGAGAGGGCGCAGAUUGUUUUGGUUGUUGUAUUUGGAGAGCAGAGGCACAAGCAACACCCAGAGAUUACCGUACUGAGUCGCUUAACACACAGUGAUUAGCUGUAGAUGUGGUGGUGGCUAUAGCUGGGAUGAAUGUAAAUAUGCAGCAGCUGUUGUGAAGCUGUCAGAUUGGUGUAUGAGCACACACACGUGUGUGAACCUGACCUUUCAUCUUUCCUCAUGCAGCAUGCCCUCUGGCUUACUAGUCCUGUGUUACUUCUACUUUCCCCAGGGAGUGAUGUGUGGCUGCAGGGAGCAGCUGACAUGAAGAUGGAAAGGCACAGAGCCGACCUACUUAUGACUAGGAUCUUUGGUUAGACGGAAUACUUUGUAGCUGUGUACUUUCAAGACGAACAUCUGAAAUUUGAAGAUGGCUGAACACGGCGCCCACAUCACAACCUCGGCAACCGAAGACAGGCCUACUAUUUUUGAAGUGGUGGCUCAAGAGAGUUUGAUGACAGCGGUGAGACCUGCUUUACAUCAUGUUGUCAAGGUUCUUGCUGAAUCAAAUCCAGCACGUUAUGGCCCCCUUUGGAGGUGGUUUGAUGAACUUUACACCCUGCUGGAUCUGCUGCUGCAACAGCACUACUUGUCUUGGGCAGGCGCUUCUUUCUCUGAGAAUUUCUAUGGCCUGAAGCGCGUGGCCAUGUUGGGCAACAACGGAAAGCGUAACUUGCCACGGAGAGAGUACUGGAAGUCCCUGCUGCUGCUUGUGCUGGUACCUUAUCUACGAGUGAAGCUAGAGAAACUAAUGAACAGACUGCGAGAAGAGGAAGAUUAUUCUAUACAAAACUCGACAUCAUUCCACAAAAGAUGCUAUAAAGCAAUCCUGGCAUCCUACCCUUAUAUAAAACUGUCAUGGGAAGGUUGGUUUUUGUUUUAUCAACUCCGAUACAUUCUGUGGAAUACAAGGCAUCACUCUCCUCUGCUCAGUGUGGCUGGAGUGCAGCUGGCUAGACUGACCACAGAAGACCUCCAAGCUAUGGAUAGUCAAGCAGCGACAACUCCAACAAGGUCUGUACUGAGUGUGGGCAGCAUUCUGAAGAAAGUCCUUGGUGGUGUGUCUGUGACCCUCUCUUCCAGCCUGUCAUUGGGUGUCUUCUUCCUGCAGUUCCUUGAGUGGUGGUACUCGGCAGAAAACCAAGAUACGCUUAAAUCUCUUAGCUCCCUGCCUGCCCCUUCUCCACCUAUCCACUUCGACCUGGAAACCUACUCCCCUCUUCUGCCCAAACUAAAGACAGUGUGCCCACUCUGUCGUAAAGUGCGAGUUAAUGACACUGCUCUUGGCACCUCAGGCUAUGUCUUUUGCUACAGGUGUGCUUAUUACUAUGUAAAAAAUCACCAGCGCUGUCCAGUUAGCGGCUAUCCGACAGAGCUGCAGCAUCUAAUUAGACUCUAUACUCCCGAUGGUUAAGUAUUGAUGGACUGCAGAUUUUUGCAUGUGGUCAAAAAGAUUUGGGAGAUGAUAAAAUGUAGAGACUACUGUUUUAAAAAUUUAAUUCGGAAAGUUAAAGUAGAAGUCUGGUCUAAACCUACUCCCACCCCCAUUCUAAGUCCUAUACUAACUAGCCUGUAGAGGAAAGAUGUUUAUACUUAUUUCCUGGGUGCGCCGGUCUAGUUACAAGAGUGCAAACUUUAGGAGAGCUUGCCAACAAUGGCUACAAUGCAUAGGCUUACUAUGGAGCUGUCCCUCCUUCUACCCUUAACCCAGAGCUGGGAGCCAGCCAUUUGCCUAGACUGGGAUGACAACUUUUGAUCCAGGGGGCAAGUACAACACAGAGGGCCAUGGUGUGGCACCUUGGCUGCGCUCCCCUCUUCCCUGCUUUCUACUGACCCCCAUCCAAGGCUGAAGCUUUGCUCCAGGUAGUCUCUUCUCACCAGGCUGGACAGUGCCUGUUGCACCAACUCUGGUUCCCGGCCUGGCUGGCAGGGGGGAGCCAGGCCAGCUUGGUUGGGGGAGGAGAGCUUCUGGUGGUGGCAGUAAGCUGGCCUCUGCUCAGGCAUGGUGUAUACUAUGCAUGCCGGAGAGCCUGGGAUGGCCUGCGCUCUGUCCUCCUCGAUCAAAGUGAAGAAGUAUCACACCAAGCAUUCCUCGAAAAACUCCAAAGCUUUAUUUUCAUGGUGACAUGGUAGACAUAAGGCAAUGUUUAGGAGCCAUGCAAGGAGCCUUGUGUGACUCCAAAAUGUUGCCUUAUGUUUACCAUGUAAUCACAAAAAUAAAGCUUUGUAUCCUUGGUGUGCUGAUGACACUUCUUCACUUUGAUCGUCCAUGGUUGCCAGCCCAUGGUUGCAUUACUGCACAGCCAUUUUCACAGCAGCACCACAGCACCUAGCAUUACUGCACAGCCAUUUUCACAGCAGCACCACAGCACCUAGCAUUACUGCACAGCCAUUUUCACAGCAGCACCACAGCACCUAGCAUUACUGCACAGCCAUUUUCUCAAACAUGUGCGUGGAGAAUAUUGCAUCUGUCCUCGUCCUCACCCCGUAGGACACUGGCAGGGACUUUUUACUCCUCUUCACCAGGAAGCCUUUAGGCAUGUCUGCGGUGGAAGUGGGUGCAGCCCUUUUAUGGGGCAUCUGCCCCCUGCUUCCAGGGAAUAGGUAAGCAUUCACAUCUUUACACUACAAUGUAGGAAGUAUAGAACUUGGAAUGGGGGUGGGACCGGACUUACACUUUAAAAUUGGUUGAUCUGUCAAAAAAUGAUUAAUGACAUUAGGAAGUAGUUUUGUUUUAAAUUUGCUUAAGGAAAAACUUGUAUUGUUUUUGAGAUACAUCUGUAACAAAAAUCCAAUCUACAAAUCAUAUUUAAUUAGUUUUUUUUACAUAUGUUCACAUAGAAAUUAGAUUGUGAACAUUAUCAGUACAAUUGAGUUACAAAUAGUGUGGGUACAAAGGAUCUUAAAUGGCCUGCUUCACGUGUGGGCUGAAACAAUUUUUAAUUUUUUUGAUGGUGUAGAGACAAGUCAGAGUCUGAAAUUACUGCAAAUGGGAAGAUGACCUAACAUGAAAAGAACUGCAGACAUGGAUCUAAAAAGGUCCAGUAUGUAUGGCCAGCUUUAGGUCACCUAAUAUAACAGCUAAAAUAAGUACAGUGUUUGUUUUUAAAUUUUGUUGUCUUGUAAGUAUGUCCUUGUUAAAUGUGCCGGUGCCGAAAAAAGUGAUCAUCUCACACAUCGUUUGUAUAAAAGUAGAAGGAAGAAGGCCUAUGCAGAGGCAUCGUAGAGGUACUGAUUUAAUAUGUAUAAACUAACAGACUUCAUUGAGAAUCUUCUCAGCAAAUUCUAACUAUUCAUUUCAGUUAUUCAAUCGCUCAAAAAAAUGAUUCCUGUUAACUUUGAAUACCUAAUGUGUAGA